AUGUAUCAAAUUAAUUUUAUUUAUAUCUAUUUAGCUAUUCGCAAGCAUAAGAGCAUUAAUCAAUUGGACAUCGCAACCGUGAUACAUUAUUUACAAAUCGUGCGUUAUUAUAAUGAUGUACAAACUGCACCGCUUGAUUUAUCAAACAAACCACCUCAAUCUCCUUCAAAUAUUAGACGAUCAAUGUCCGUUAAUGAUUUAUUGCCAUCACUUCAUGAUUCAGUCGCAAAAAUUUAUCCCAUUCUUGGCAGUUCAAAUCCAAUAGAUUAUCGUUAUAAACCAGUAAUGAUUAUUAUACCACCGAAAACACAAUGGCAUUAUCGAAGUAUAAAAGAUCUUGCAAAAAAUCAUAUUCCUUUAUUAUCUGGCGAUGGUCCUCAACGAACACCAAUCCGAGUAACAGUAAGCUUUAUUAUAAUUAUCAUGACUAAUCAUCAGAUAAAAGCCUAUAUUAUUCUUAGGUUCCAGAGCAAUCUUCGCAACCGAUGUAUCUUUGCAUUGAAGUUGUGACUUGUGAUUAUCAACCUCAUGAUUCUAAAGUAAUUGUACCACACAAAACACGAGUGCGAGCAGAUCAGCUAACUCAUGAUAACAAUCUUCACUGUUUGAAUUUCAAUGAAUGUAAUUCAACAGACUAUUUUGAUCCAGUUAGAAAACAUGUCUAUUUACAGAUAACUGCAGAAGAACAUAGAGCUCAAUUAAAAGAGUAAGUGAUUGAUUUUCUUCUUUUGAACGAUUUUAUUAUCAAUUUUACAUAUUAUAUUUAGCGUACGAGUUUACAUGUUUAAUUUAUAUCAAAAUCAAACGAUAAACAAAGACAUAAUCUCAACUAAAAAACUUGAUUCAUGCCGAAUAAGUUUCUGGCUAUGCUUCUACGAAAAUGAACGCUAUAUACCUAUUUCUGAACCAUCAUUUUCCUGUAUUAUUCAAGAGAGUAAGCAUCAUUAAUUCUUUCUAUUUUUCGCACCAGUCCUCUAUUCUGAAUAGAAAAAAUGAACAAUCGAUCCCGUCUAACACAGCAAAUAAACAGUCAAGACAAUACGCCUCUGGAGCAAUCGAUGUUCUCCUUAACGUAUUCCAAUCAACAUAGUAAAAAUACUGAUAAUGAGAGUUGAUGAUGAUUCAAGUUAGAAUUCUUUUUUGCAACUGAUGAUAGUGAACGCAUUUUGACAACAAGAUAAAUCUUAUUUCUCACGUAUUUUGAAUCAGAUUUUAGAACUUUUUUUUGUAUAUAUAUACGCGUUUUAGUAAACAUUCAUUAAUAACAUAUUGUUAUACGAUCAGUGAAUCGCUCAAAGAUUUGAGCAUUAAAUAAAAACGUUUUUUCUAUCGAUAUUAGUAAAAUAUGUGAAUAGUCACUUUGAAAUUACUCUGAAAGAGAACAUAAGUACCGACUGUUCAUAAAAAUUUACAAACCAUCACGAAUAGCUUCUUUUCACGGAGAUCUUUUAUUGAGAACUACUUUUCUAAAUUUAUUCAACUCGAAUAAAAACUAUUGCCUUAAUAUCAAAAGACCAAAAAACUGUAAUUAUAGUAUUAUUUUUCUAUAUUAUCGUUUUAGAAACAAAUUAUUUUUUUGUGAGUGCUGUUAGAAAUGAUCUACGUUUCUUCGGUUGACUCGGUUUUCGUGAAGCUCGUAGGAAAAUAUAAAAAUCAGCUGUUGCUUCACUUGGUGGCUUUGGUAUUCAAAGAGUAAUAGAUCUGAACGAUCUUAUUACGCUCUCGUAGUAUUGUAUGCUGGACGGUAUUUGAUGAUCAUAUUGAAAUCUAAACAAAGAUCUCAGUUGAAGUUAUCCAUAAUAUGAGUUUUUUUCACCUGGUAAGAGGUGCGACUGAUUCGAGGUUGUACAGAGUCGGCAUAAAUACCGAAAUAUUGGCAGUGAAGUCACUGAUCAAUAAACUGAAACUGGCACAUCUCAAGAUCAAUUUUCAUACUCCUGAGUCAUACGAUGAUCAAAUUGACUCAUUUUUCUGUGACGUUUUCUGCUAGUCGAUAUUGUUAAUAGUAUCAUAAAAAGAUUUCAGACUGUCUAGUUCAGAACAUCUAUAUGAUAUUUAUAGAAAACUGAAACACCCCCUUGCUGUUCACAUGGCUGACAGACAGCCAUAUAAAUAGUAAAAGAUGAUUUCGAAACCUAUUUACUUGAUAUUGAUUUAAUCAAUUGGGGGUAUAAGUAUGGCUAUUUAUUGGUGUUGGCCUGCCGUUGACCUAUAGUCAGAGCCAUCCGAUAUAUAACCGGUGCAAUAAUAAUGUCAAAAAACAAUUUGUUUUAAAAACUGAACAUUUAAACUAAAGUUCCAGAACUAAGAACGUCUUUGUAAAGGAGCUUCUUCCCUAAGUGGCGUAGUAGUAAAAAGUCCAGGCUUAAAUGUACACUCAUAUAAUGCUUGUAAUAAAUUCCAAUAAUACGGUCUUCUGACUUUUCUUAAUUUUUUUCGUCUAAUCCAUGAUAAAAAGCAAGUGAAUGAAUUUGAUGAAAUGCAAUUUUUCUAAAAGGAACAAAUACAUAAUGAAUUAAAUUCUAUUAAAUGAAAUUACUUUUGCUUGAUUAUUGAGCCACAUAUAUAAUAUGCAUAAUUGUGUAUCCAAUCUGUAAGUAAAAUUGUCUUUGAUUAAGUUAGUAUUCUCACAAAUCCAUUCCAUUGAAAUAUUUGUUUUUCUAUUAUAAUGAAAUUCUGUACCCGAUAAAUAUUUCAAUCGAUUUAUAAUAUAUGCUAUCUCAUUUUGGUCAUAUACAGAAAUUUUUGAAUGUUCAAGUGAUGGAAAAAUGGAGCAUAUUCGAUCGAUAUCAUCUACUUGUUUUAUUUGAAGUUUACGAAUUGAAUAAAAUGGAAAAUAUCCUUUACAGCCAUUUAAUGAGCAUAGAGUGAGUUCAGAUAUAUUUGGAUUAUAAUAAACAUAAGUUUCUCCCAAUCUAUAUCUCUUUGGAAUAUCAAAUGACGAACGGUUGUAUAAUCAAGUACACGAUGGCAUUCCCAUGAAAAAAACAAAUAUUUAUCAGGUGAAAAAUAUAAUGUGUCACAAUUAUUAUUAUUAUAAUGCUUUUAUUUCAUAGAGAAGUGUGUGGUGCGUCCUCACGCUUCAAUGUCAUGAACGAACAUCGUCCCUUUGACAAGAAAGGAAAAAAAAAAACCACAUAAAUUACACAUUAGCUUUAGUUGUAACUGACAGUUUAAAAAGUUGAAAUUGAAU